AUGGAUGCCAGAGCGGCGUUUUUUGACCACGUGACCAACAUCCGCGUUCGGCUUACUUUGAUCAAUGUAAACAACCGAAUGCGUGCGGUCGUGCACACAUAUGCAAGCACGAACGAAUCCCGCUCACUGCUGAUCGUGGAUUGGUCAUUCACUGACUGGUUUGUCGAAUCACAUUCGAGAUUGUGUGCUAAGGGGUCGUGGAAAUUCCACGAUGUGCUGGGCUUGGAUGAAGAACACCUGAAGACAAUAACCGGUCAGGUCGCGGCGGUCCUCUUGCUGUUCCCCAGAUCGGAAGCGGAGCAGAACAAGAAGUUGGGCGAGGAAACUGAAGACAGCACGGUGACUGUGAUCAAACAAGCCGCGGAGAACGCGUGUGGCACUGUGGCUAUUUUUCACGCCCUAAUCAAUAACAAUGAGCUCAUCCCGACCGAGCCCGGUUCUCACCUUGAAAGCUUUGUGAGCAAGACAAGCAAGAUGACACCCGAAGAACGUGGCAAAGCUUUGGAACAAGACAAGACUCUGUUCGAAUUGCACGAGAGCGCAGCACAAGAGGGACAGACAAAGACACCCAGUCGUGAGAGUGAUGUUCAGCAGCAUUAUGUCUGCUUCAUUCACCACAAAGGUCAUUUAUACGAGUUGGACGGUCGACGGGUUCAUCCCAUCUCUCACGGGAAGACCACAGAAUCCACGUUGCUCACGGACGCAGCAAAGGUCAUUGAACAGUUUGUGGCACGGGACGCCGGUCGAGUGAACUUCAGCGUGCUGGCGUUGUCGUCUUAA